CCCAUAUGAGCGGAAGAGGCAAAACCGGAGGCAAGGCCAGGGCGAAGGCAAAGACACGUUCAUCCCGUGCCGGGCUCCAGUUCCCCGUGGGCCGUGUGCACAGGCUGCUGCGUAAAGGCAACUACGCCGAGCGUGUGGGCGCUGGCGCACCAGUGUACCUGGCCGCAGUGCUCGAGUACCUGACUGCUGAGAUCCUGGAGUUGGCCGGAAACGCUGCCCGUGACAACAAGAAGACUCGUAUCAUCCCCCGUCACCUGCAGCUGGCAGUCCGUAACGACGAGGAGCUGAACAAACUGCUUGGCGGCGUGACCAUCGCGCAGGGUGGUGUUCUGCCCAACAUCCAGGCAGUGCUGCUCCCCAAGAAGACUGAGAAGGCCGUCAAAGCCAAGUAAAAUCGCUGGUGCGGCUGCAACUUGACUACUCAACCCCCAAAGGCUCUUUUAAGAGCCAACCA